UGCUCCCGGGGUCACCCUGGCUGCACCCCCACAGACCUCUGGUCGGAGAUUUGCACCGCCGCGAGACCUCCCCGCUGACCCCAUGCUGGACUCUCCCUGCCUUCUGUGGCUCCUGGCUGUCACCUUCUCCUUAGUGCCCAGAACGCGGCCCUUGGCCCCUCAAGACCUUACGGAAGAGGAGGAAGAUGAGACAUCACGGCCACCUCUGCAGGCUGUCCUCUGUGACUACGACAGUUGCCGCCACCUGCAGGUGCCAUGCAAGGAGCUGCAGAGGGCUGGGCCCGGGGCCUGCCUGUGCCCCGGGCUCUCCAGCCCUGCCCAGCCUCCUGCCCCGCCGCGCCUGGGAGAGGUGCACGUGGUGGCCGAGGCCGGCAGCGCGCUGGUGCACUGGUGUGCACCCCCCUCCCCGGUCCACCAGUACUGGCUGCUGCUUUGGGAAGGCGGCGGGGCUACCCAGAAGGGCCCCCCGCUCAACGCCACUGUCCGCAGAGCAGAACUGAAGGGACUAAAGCCUGGGGCCACUUAUGUCGUUUGCGUGGUGGCUGCCAACGGGGCUGGAGAAAGCAGCGUGCCGCGGGCAGGUGGGGAGGGCCUCGAGGGGGUGGGUGGCCCUGCUUUCGGGCCCUGCGGCAGGCUGGCCAUGCCCCCCAGGCCCGUUACCCUGGUCCACACGGCCGUAGGGGUGGGCACGGUCCUGGCCCUGCUGACCUGCUCUGCUCUGGUCUGGCACUUCUGCCUGCGUGAGCGUUGGGGCUGCCCCCACCGGCCAGCCUCCCCACCAACAGCAGGGCUCUGA